UUGGUGAAAAAUGGGGUCUCUAAUGGCCUCGGUUACCCUUCCCCUUGUAUUAACAAUAAUCUCUCUCACCUUACCAUCUCAAAUAUCAGCAGAUAACUACAUCUACUCAUCACCACCACCACCAAAGCCUUACUACUACCACUCUCCACCACCACCAGUGCACUCUCCUCCUCCUCCUUACCAUUACUCUUCACCACCACCACCUCCCAUAAAGCCCUACAAGUACCCAUCACCUCCACCACCGGUUUACAAGUAUAAGUCCCCUCCUCCUCCUUACAAGUACCCAUCACCACCACCCCCACCAUACAAGUAUCCAUCUCCACCACCCCCAGUUUACAAGUACAAGUCUCCACCACCACCAUCACCAAAGAAGCCAUACAAGUAUCCAUCUCCACCACCACCAGUAUACAAGUACAAGUCUCCACCACCACCAGUUUACAAAUACAAAUCUCCUCCUCCACCACCUAAACAGCCAUACAAGUAUCCAUCUCCUCCACCACCAGUUUACAAGUACAAGUCUCCUCCUCCUCCCUACAAGUACCCUUCACCUCCUCCACCACCAUACAAGUACCCAUCUCCACCACCCCCAGUUUACAAGUACAAGUCUCCUCCACCACCAGCAAAGAAACCCUACAAGUACCCAUCUCCACCACCACCAGUUUACAAGUACCAAUCUCCACCACCACCAGUCUACAAGUACAAAUCACCACCACCACCAGUCUAUAAGUACAAAUCUCCUCCUCCACCACCAAAGAAGCCCUACAAGUACCCAUCUCCACCACCCCCAGUUUACAAGUAUCAAUCUCCACCACCACCAGUCUACAAGUACAAAUCACCGCCACCACCAGCUUACAAGUACAAAUCUCCUCCACCACCACCAAAGAAGCCCUACAAGUACCCAUCACCUCCACCCCCAGUUUAUAAGUAUAAAUCUCCUCCUCCUCCUGUUCAUUCACCACCACCACCACACUACAUCUAUGCAUCACCUCCUCCUCCGGUUCAUUCCCCGCCUCCACCACAUUACAUCUAUUCAUCACCUCCUCCUCCUUAUCACUACUAAAUAGUGGUUUGAGUAGCAUCUCAUGGAUUUGAGGAAUAUGUGAAAAUAAAGAAAGUUGUGGACAGCAGGAAGAUGCACAUUCGCAAUUACACAAGGAAAACAACGGAAGCAAAGUUUCCGCACGUUUAUCUUACAAAGAAGUGUCACUCCUUUUCUUGUCGUUUGUUUUGUUAUGAAUUACUGUUGUGUAUUUAGCCAGCUGUAAGCCACUGCUUUGCUCUUCUGUCAUUCAACAUCACAUUAUUGUAUUGUGUUU